AUGAAGGAGGAGGCCGAUGUGGUGGUGAGGCGCAAGCGAGACAACAAAGAUGAGCGCGAGCGGGACAAGGACAAGGAUAAGGAGCGCGACCGCGAGCGGGAGAGAGAGAGGCGUAGAGCGAGCCCCGUCAGGACUAAGGAUCGCCGGGACGAUCGUGACAAGGAGAGAGAGCGGGAACGCGAAGAAAGGGAGAGGGAGAGGGACAGAGAGCGCGAGAGAGAACGCGAGAGAGAGCGGGAGAGAGAGAUUCGUGAGCGAGAAAGAGAACGUGAAAUACGAGAAAGAGAGAAGGAACGCGAGCGUGAACGAGAUAGAGAGAGGGAGCGCGAAAGAGAACGGGAAAGAGAAAGAGAACGAUCGCGUGACCGAGACCGCGAGAGAGAGAGGGAUCGAGAUAGAGAAAAGUCUAGAGGGCGCAGUAGAAGUGAGGCCGAUGCGCGCCGCGAGAAGGAGAUGGAGGAGGAGGCGCGCGAGAAGAAGCGCCUCGAGAAGAAGGCCCGCGAGAAGGAAGUCGCGUACCAGGAGAGGUUGCGCAAGUGGGAGAGCCGCGAGCGGCGCAAGGCGCAGGAGCACGCGCGCUCGCGCUCGCGCUCCCGCGCCCGCUCGCACGAGCGCGCGCGCGAGGCCAAGCGCCUCAAGGAGUUCCUGGAGGACUACGACGACGAGCGCGACGACCACAAGUACUACAAGGGCAAGGAGCUGGCGCGGCGGCUAGGCGCGCGCGUGCGCGAGGCGGAGGCGGACGCGCGUGAGCGGGCGCGCGAGGCCGACGAGCUGGAGGCGCUGCGCCGCGACCUGGCGGCCGGCGCCAGUCCGCGUGCGGCGGCGGCAGCGUGGGCGCGCGCGCGCCGCGACCACGACGCGCAGUACGAGCCGCGCGCGCUCAUCGACACCAGCGCGCCGCCGCACCGCCACCGCCACCACCGCCACCGCGCCGCGCACAGCGGGCGACGCAGCGCGGGCGCGGAGGCUGUGGAGGAGCCGCGCGCAGAGUCUGCGGACGGGUCGCUGACGCCGCCCGCGCCACCCUCCCCGCGCUCGCCCGCCUCUCCCCGCUCGCCGCGCUCGCCGCGCUCCCCGGGCUCGCCGUCUCCUCGCUCCCCGCCGCCCUCGCCCUCGCCGCCGUCGCCUCGCUCGCCGGGCUCCGAGCGUGCGCCGAGCGAGGCGCCGGCGAGUGCGGGUGAGGCGGGGGGUGAGGACGAGGCGGGGGGCGCAGCCACGCCGCCGCGGCGCCGCCACCGCCACCGGCACCGGCGCCUCGACACGCCGCCGCCCGCCCGCACCCCGCCGCACAGCGCGGGCAGCACGCCGCCGCGGCCGCCCUCGCCCGAGCGCUCCGUGCGCCACCACACGGCGACGUCAGGCGGUAGCUCGCCCAUCAGCAUCACGUUCCGCAGCAAGCCCAGCCCCACGCCCUCCGCCGACACGCCCACAAUGGAGGGCCGCACGCGACGCGUGCACGCCGCCUUCGCGCGAGACGACGAUACACCACCAGUCAAAGAGAAAACUCCAGGCCGUCGACCCAGCAUAGGUAGCUCCAAAGAUUCGCAAUCAGAUAAAAGCAAAAAGGGCGACAGCGGAGACCCGGAGAAAGACAAAGAAAAAGAGAAGGAGAACAAAUCUGCGGAAGAGAAGCGCAAACACAUAAAGAGUUUGAUCGACAAAAUCCCAACGCAGAAGGAUCAGCUCUUCCAGUACAAGCUGGACACAUCGCAGAUCGACAACACGCUGAUGGAGAAGAAGAUCCGGCCGUGGAUCAACAAGAAGAUCAUCGAGUACAUCGGCGAGCCGGAGCCCACGCUGGUGGACUUCAUCUGCAGCAAGGUGCUGGCCGGCUCCGCGCCCGCCGGCAUCCUGGACGACGUGCAGAUGGUGCUGGACGACGAAGCGGAAGUGUUCGUGGUGAAGAUGUGGCGCCUGCUCAUAUACGAGCUGGAGGCCAAGCGGGCCGGCCUGCACAAGUGA